AUGGCCGACCUCAGCCCACCCCAGGAGAUAUCUUCGGAAGACAAGCAAACACAGUUGAAGAAAUUGAUCGAACAAGCCGCUGCGAAAGACGCGAUCAAAGACCACAAUGCCGCUUCUGAGCUAUACUCCCAAGCUACAGAACUCCAAGCAGAAUUAAAUGGCGAGCUAUCCCCGGAAAACGCGGAUCUACUCUACGCGUACGGGAAGUCCUUGUACAAUGUCGCAGUGGGCAGAAGUGAUGUGCUUGGGUCUAAGGUUGCUGGUGAGCCUCAGGGUCAGUCAAACAAAGGCUCUGCGGCGACCGCUGCGCCUCCCGAACAGUCAUCUGAAGGCAGUAGCUUAAUCAAGGAUGCCAUUUCAAACGCCACAGCCAAGCAUCCUAAACCAGCAAAGAAAGCCGAUCCGGCGCCAGAAACUGAGCACUCGAAGCCUUUCUUCCAAUUCACCGGCGACGAGAAUUUCGAAGAAGAGGACGAGGACGACUUCGCCAAUGCAUUCGAGGUCCUCGACUUGGCACGCAUCCUUUACCUUAAGAAACUAGAUGCAGCGGAAGGCGACGGUGACGGGAAAGACAAAGGAAAAUCAACAGACGUUCCGGCAGACCUGAAGCACAUCAAAGAACGACUCGCUGACACCUAUGACCUCCAAGCAGAAAUCUCGCUGGAGGGCGAGAGGUUCAGCGACGCAGUUACCGACCUACGAACUGCCCUCGACUUGAGAUACUCUCUAUUCCCGUUCGAGGAUGCUUCGAUUGCUGAAUGCCACUAUAAGCUUUCAUUGGCCCUUGAAUUCGCAUCGGUCCAGCAACAGGGAGAAGAUGGAAAAGAGAAAUCAGUGGACAAGCAAAUGCGAAAAGAAGCCGCCACUCAAAUGGAACGUGCAAUCGAAAGCUGCAAAGUCCGCAUGGAGCAAGAAGAGAAGAAACUCGCAAAUAAUGAAAGCUUGGAAGAAGAUAAGGUCACGGCCACAAAGAGGAAAAUCGCCAACGUGAAGGAAAUAAUUGCGGACAUGGAGCAGCGAGUGAGAGCCCCUCCUCCCCCGACCUUUCAUCGCCAACAAGGCAAUGGUGUCAGUAAAUUUGUGGCUAACAUACCGCCUUUACAGCUGGUCGACCUUCACCGCUCGCCGGUGUCGAUUGAAGAAAGCAAUCAAGAGAGCGAAGCAUUUCUCAAAGGGAUCCUAGGUCAAAUCGUCGGGCAACCUGCAGCAGAUCAGAAGGCACAACUCGAUGCCGCUAGCAAAGGAGCAACCGAUCUUUCCUCGUUGGUAAGGCGAAAACCGGCAAAUCAGUCUAGCCCGUCCUCGGUUGUAUCAGGCAAGCGUCCUGCGGAGGAUUCGUCUAUCGAACAGGAGGCGAAAAGGCCUCGUGGCGAGGUUGCUGACGAUGCAAGCUAA